AUGCUUGGAGAGAUUUUAUCUGUGGUUUGGCUUCUUCUGCUUGGCUACGCGAUCGGUAAGAGUCCACCAUACAAUGAAGUCGCUUCCGCAAGACAAGGAAGAUUCUUUCCUUUCUACACAAUUGGUCGAUUCAGAAAUUCUGUCUGCACUGGAGGGAACAAUCUUCUAGGAACAUGCCAAGUUAAUGGCGAGUGUUCAGACAAUGGAGGAAUUGCCACUGGAUCUUGCAGUACAGUAACUGCCCAAGCUGUUUGUUGCGUCUAUCAAUUAGCAUGUGGCCGAUCGACCAGCUUCAACAAUACCUACUUCUACAAUCCUGGGUUUCCAGCAUCGUACCGUGGAGGUAACAGAUGUUCCAUUCAGGUGUCUCGGUGCGAUGAAUCCAUUUGUCAGCUACGAAUUGAUUUCCUGGAUUUCUCGCUGGCACAGCCCAAUGGUGAUGGCAGCUGCCUGACGGAUUAUAUGACGGUCACGGGAGGAUCAUCGAGAGUUCCACGGCUCUGCGGAGAGAAUACCGGGCAGCACGUAUAUGUGGACUUCAAUGGGAAUGCCCCAAUCUCAAUUGCCAUGCUAACAACUGGAUCGGAUUCAUUUGCACGACACUGGAAUUUCCGUCUGUCGCAAAUUGCUUGUGACUCUGAAUAUCGAGCACCUUCCGGAUGCCUGCAAUACUACCUCGAUGAGACAUCAGGGGACACUCCACUGCAGAGCUUCAACUAUGCCCCAAUGCCCAACCCAGCACCAAACUCAAUCGGAGUCACAGGAACCAGACAAUUGGCAGGGAUGCAGUAUGGAAUUUGUAUUCGAAUGGGAGCUAAUAUGUGCAGUAUCACGUAUGCUUUGCCUGAUGGGCAACCGUACGCUUUCACUAUGACUGGGGAUGUUGGAGCAAUUGAUCCCACCCUCUUGGGUACCAUUGAUGUCUCCAGUCAGGCCUGUAACACGGAUUAUGUGAUCAUUCCUCAUCCGAAUCAAAAUGGAGCUCUCCUCAAUUCAGGUUCCGAUCGCUUCUGUGGACUGGGCUUUGCUCCAACGACGAGUGACAUCAAACCAUUCGUUCUGUACGUUGUUCAGGACAACAAUGAGAUCCUCGACAUUGCAAAUAGAGGAUUUGCACUUACUUACUCACAAGGUCAAUGCUCCGUAGUGCUAUAGGUCAAUAAACGGUUUUAU